CGGCUGAGCAGUAGAUCAUUGUUAACCCGCCCCAGCAGUGGAUCCACAGUAGACCAUCGUAAACUACCCAGCGGUGGAGCUACAGUAGAUCAUUGUAAAACUAGCCAGCAGUAAAUGAAUUCGUUAGCCAUGGUGCGACUCGACAUUAUCUUUGGAGUCUUGUGUCUGGGAACUCUUCAAGUCCAACUGGGUGAGUUGAGCUGUUUUAAAUCGUAAACCAUUUCGUUGCUUUUUGGGUCUAAUUUUCAAACGCUACCGAGUUAUUUUGGAAACCAUCAAUGUAAUAUACGUCAAUUACCUGGCAUACAGUUGUAUUAUAACAUGAUCCUUAAUAACUUUUCAAAAUCACAAGGAAUUCCGUGUUGCAAUUCUCAUUUCACUCUCAGAUCAAAUAAUAUAUUAUUGCGUUGUUUUUUUUUUAUGCUAGGAUUUUUGUUUUGUAACUCAAUAGAACUAGAAGACUACAGACAAAUGAAAUGUGUUUGUUUAGUUCCGUUUGGAGUCGGGAACGGACCAUUAAUUCAAACAUGAGAACCCGUUAUUGGAAAAAAUAAAUAAUUUUUAAAAAUAUUAUAAUUUAUACAUACUUUGCUUUUGAGCGUUUAGGGCAAAAACUUUCGGGUGGCUAAUUGACCCACUUUCCGUCAACCUAUCGAGCUAAAACUUGGCACAAAGACCCGCUGUUGAUGACAACGCAUUAUUUCAAAGUUUCAGCCCCAACCCCCCAAGAAUGAUUUUUUUUUGUUUUUGUUUUUCAAGGGGAAUAUGAAGGAAAUUUGAUGCCACUAGUCUCAUGAAAUAAAUUUCCCGAUAGCUGAAAUAGUUGGCGGAAUAAAUCUGCGGUGUAAAAAAAACCGGGCGGGACAUUAGACUAUUAAUAUAACAUAAAAUGAUAACAAGUGCAUCUAAAGGUUUUUUUUUAGUAGGAGUUGUAUAAUUUAUCAUUUGGGCCAAGGGAUGCAUUUUGAGAGGAGGAAAUAAACAAUCAGGUAUGUUUGAACUCUAAAUGACCUUUAACUCGGACCCAGUGACCCCAAAAAUGUGUUCUGAAAUGACACACGGACACGGGUUGGCUAUGGACACGUUUCUCGUUUUCCUCAUUUCAUAUGACUGAAUUACAAGACAAAAACCCAUCUUUUUCGCCAAGGUUCAACGGCCACAGUGACAGACCCAAAGCAGAAUCACAUUCAGCCGGACACCCCUAUUACUGUUGAUAUCGAGGCGCCCAUUUCCUUGGAGGUAACUGAUGUAGAUCAUGAUACUUUCCGAGCAAAGAUGUAUGUCAUUUGUAUUUAAUUUUUGACCUAGCAUGAAAAAUGUUCAAAUUCUACUCUGAAAGAAAUGUAUAUAUAAUGAUAUGUCAAUAAUGGUAGAAACUGCUUUUGUUUUUUUUUUGUUUUUUCACCAUUUGUGAGAGAAACUUUGAUGGUCCAAGAGCUCUCUUCGACUGGACAACCGUCUAAGAUUAAAUAUAGGUGUGUUCAUCUCAUCUACUCAUCUCAGAUUUUUAAAGGUCACCAGUAUAAAAAUUUUAAAACAUUUUUUUUAAAAAGAUGUACAAUUUGCUUACAGCUAUACAGAGUCCGAGGUCAUGUUUCUAUUCAUAUAAUUAACCUUCUCUUAUAAAUAAUAUUCUCACUUCUCCCAAGAACAUGAGCUAUACAAAUUCUUAACAUGCCUUAUUAUAAUUACACCCCAAAAAUUAUUCUAAUUACUUGAGUUUAUACACUUUAAAAUCAAAAGAUAGUUUAUAAUAAUGUAGUUUUCUGUUUACUUCAUAGUAGGCAAGAACCCUUGCUCUGAUUUCGCAAUGAGUUGUCAGGCUUCGCAGUUCUCUCAGGAUUGGUGUAAGGGUUUCUUUCAGCUAUAUCUCGGGGGGGGGGGGGCACUACCCCCGCGGAAAGCCAAGUGCCCCCGGAGCAAAAAUAUGUCCAACAAUAAAUCAACUGGCACUGCUGGCACUACCCCCACCCCCCGAAAAAUCUUAAGUGCCCCCCGGGGGCAGAUUUCUGAAAUAAUCACUGAUUGGUGUUGGCGUUGCAACAGAAAAUUGAUAUAAUUUCUUCAAGACGAUGACGAAACGCAUUAAUAUGUUAAAUGUAAUUUAUUGCCUGACUCCAGCCACUCCGAGAGUCUAAUAUGUUAAACGUAUUUUAUCGUCUACUACCAGCCACUCACUCCCAGAGUCUAAUAUGUUAAAUGUAUUUUAUCACCUACUCCCAGCCCCUCAAAGAGUCUAAUAUGUUAAAUGUAUUUUAUCAUUUACUCCCUGCCCCUCCCAGAGUCUAACAUGUCAAAUGUAUUGUUACACCUGCUUGCAGCCACUACCAGAGUAUUACGCCUCCACCUCCGAGAAAAAGCUCAUCAGCAAAUACUGGGAAGAGCUGGAGACCAGACGGAUGGCCAUGUUGAGGGAAUGUGAGUCUAAACUGUGGAGCAAAACGCAACAAACCGCUGCAGGGAGCCCGGGCGCCAUCUUGUAUUUGCCGUCUGAGGCGUCGAAGGUAGACAAACACUAAGACUUGAUCCCAACACUUGUAUUUCAUUCUUUUGUUGUUUGAUGGUGUGUAGGCUGGGCGCCAUAUUGUAUUUAUCGUCUUGCGCGUCGAAGGUAGACAGACACAUUAUCGCCACACACGUAUUUCAUUCUCCUGUACCUUGAUGAUGUGUCGUUUGUGUUCUUUGUCAGUACAAUGACGAAUCCAGACGAAUGUGUGCCCGCCCCGACGAUGAUGUAUAUGGAAACAGUCCUAUCAGAGGCGUAGCUACGGGCAGUGGCGCGCUCGGGGUGGGCCGAAAAUUUUCCCCCACGAAAACAAAUUCCGCAGUUGUCCGAAAAAUGCCGCCCCCUCAUAUGAAGAAAAAAAGUGUCACCCCCCCCCCUCCGCGCCUCUUUAAUACGCUACUGAGUCCUAUACACCCUUUAUUUCUUACCAGCCUCUCUAGAAGAAAUCGGCACCACGUCUUUGUAUUGUCUUUGGGUGGAGUAAAUAUGUUUGUCUUGUUGUCAUUUAUAUUUUGUUAUUUUGUUAUUUAUUUAUUCUUGACGUCAACAACUUGUCGUUUCAGUCUAUUUGAGCAGAAUAAAAUUUUCUCCUGUUGAGACCAGCACAUUUAUUCUGAAUAUAGCUUUCUUCACCAAUCAUCUAGGGGCAGGAAAGGAAUUUUAGUCUGCUUGCUGUUACCAGAAAAUGCCGCCCACUAGAUAUACAUUAUAAAGAAAAAUUUGCCACCUCCCCACCUCUCCUACGCCACUGCAAACAUCAUUAAUAUAUAUAUACAUAUUAUACAUAUAUACGUGUAUACAUAUAUAUAUAUAUUCAUGACGUUACAUUCUGGCCAUGAUUAGACUUCCUAUGGAGUAUAAUGAUGUGUGUCCUGUUGGAAUAUAAUAAUAUCUAAUUGAAUACGUCGUAGCGUAAUGAGACACCAGACGCUCUUCAAUCAACAUGUGUCAAUAACUCCAGGACGAAAAGAUUAUUUAUGACCCGUAAGUCGAUCCGUUAUUAACGCCAAGGGGACUUUAUGAGCAAAGGGGAGUUAAUUGGCGUCAACAUCGUCAGCCCUCGGCCCUUGUUUGGUAGAAUGUGCACGUAUAUCAAGACAAAACGAUAUUUAUAUGUUAUUGGGGGGGGGGGGCGCCACUGGGUCACACAGAAUACAUGGCGUACAAUCGUUAUUUGCGCAUUUUUUAAUUUAAAAAAAAAAUUGUUAAAAUUGUAUAAUUUCUACUUAGUUGUAAAAUUAUUUAUUGUUCGCCCUUCAAUGAAAACAUUUAAAGAACGAGAUCGCAGAGGAGCUAGUCUUUGAGGGACACAUUCAAUGAAGAGAUGGCAGGGGGUUAUGUCUUUGAGGGACACAUUCAAUGAAGAGAUGGCAGGGGGACAGGGCUGGUCUUUGAGGGACACAUUCAAUGAAGAGAUGGCAGGGGGACAGGGCUGGUCUUUGAGGGACACAUUCAAUGAAGAGAUGGCAGGGGGACCGGGCUGGUCUUUGAGGGACGCAUUCAAUGAGGAGACCCAAAUCAUGCUUAACACACCGUAUUAUUUGAUAUGAAGCUAUUUUUUAAAAUAAUUUUCCUGGGCCGCCUUAGAAAGUAUGGUAGAGUAAACUUCUAGAAAUUUCUUGUUUCGAACGUGGUUGACCGAAUUUAUCACAGCUCACUUCCAGGAAGGUGAAUUUCGCAGCAAUAGAAAAGUUCUUAGGAAAAUAAACAGACCCACAAAGGAUGAACAAGGAUAAAUAAUACGAACCAACCAGGAAUUGUAUACUAAAGACUUAUAUCAGGAGUUUAGUUAGUAUCAGAAAUAAAGAAAGGGUGGACUAAUGCUUGGCGGGACACUUAGAAGGAUUGGCGAAUGACAGAUGAGUGAAGAGCUCUAGGGUGCACCCCCAAAAACCCGGAGAAAAACGGAUCAAAGGCAGACCUAGGCAUAGAUGGAUGGAAGAUGUGGAAAAAAUAUCUACAGUAGCUAGGACUACAAGCAUGGAAAAGAAAAGCAUCGGGUAGGUCUAAAAAGAAGCAAGUGGUGAGGCAGGCCAAAGUCCUACAUGAGGUGUAGCAGCAAAGAGAUGAUGGAAGGAAAUGGUGAGGCAGGCCAAAGUCCUACAGGAGCUGUAACAGCAAAGGGGUGGAUGGAAGGAAAUGUUGAGGCAGGCCAAAGUCCUACAUGAGCUGUGGCAGCAAAGGGAUGAAUGGAAGGAAGUGGUGAGGCAGGCCGAAGCCGUAGAGCCACAGGGAUGGCAGACGAGUAUAACGGUGUCAGCUGGUCAUUGUGUCGUCUUUUCAAAUCUUGAGUGAUCCAUUUCCAACAAGUGGCCCAGCAUUACUUCCUUUUCACUACCAUGAACACGUGGCGGCCAAAGCUAUGAACCCUUAACAAACGCACGUACGAGCUCAAGACGCAAGAGUUUAGGCGCAUGCGUCAGUUCCAUCCACCAAACUAUAGACUGAGAUCGUUCUAUGGGGGGGGGGGGGGGGGGNUUCAAGGUUUUUUGCUGUUUUGUUCCGUCGUAUGAUGCAAUUUUUGCUGGAUGAGUCUGAAAAUAAAAUGUGCAAGGCCCCAGUAGGUAAAAAAAAAAAAAAAAAAAAAAUAAGAGUACAGUAUUUAGUUAUAUGGUGAGGUUGGACACAGUUAAUCUCUGCUAAAUAUGAAAUCAAUUAAUUCAUUUUAGAUGGAAUUUUGACGUUUUGAAUCGAACAAUAAAAUCUUUGGUCUUCACGCGUUUACUUCUUGUAAUACAUAAACUUUAGUACCCAAAAUUUCGAUAAUUAUGUGAAAUUAUUGACUCCGGCAUCAGAAAACAACAAAAACAAAAAAAAUACAAUCCAAUAUUUUUUAUGCAUAAACUUUUAAGGUUGCCAAACGUGCCAAACCAACGUCUCCAACUCUUGUCGCCAAAGUCCUCAUCCCAGAGUAUGAAGGCCGUGCCGUUGUGGACGAAAUUGAGGAGUCCCUGGCAAAGUGUCUGAGAGAGACCAGGCGACUUCGUGGCCCCAGUAAAGGCGAGAAUCACAAAGGUAAAGAUGGCGUCCAAUAAAUAUGUGUUUUUUUAUUUGUGCACACACGCACAAAAAUUGUCCCCCCCCCCCAAAAAAAAAACGCUUGAAGUCAUUUUUUUUAGUUAUAGGUGGCGACAAAAGGGGUGGGGAGAGGGGACCCCCAAGUUUUAAUAAGGAUAUUCCUAAACAAAGAAGAGUUCCGUGUUUAAAUUGUUCGUAUUUUUAAAGGGGUCGUUCGCAAAUUACGUCACGCUCGGGGGGGGGGGGGAAAUUUAUGACACGUGACGGGGGGGGGCGGGGAUUAAAAAUUUGUGGCGUCACUUUUUUCUUAAAUCUAAAAUUUUCUAAUUUUGAAAAAUCUUUUUCAAUUAAUUUUUAAAAAAAUAAUAAAUAAAUAAAUUUGAGGUCGAAAUUGCUUCAGGUAUUAUAGGUACCAUGAAACUCAGUCGUGCAGACCUUCUGCGCAUAGCGAAAAAUGACGCAAACACUUUUGCGGCCAUUUUACAUUCGACUUGUGGAUGACUUCGUUGUUUGGCGUCACAGUUUUCUAAUAAUACAUCAUAAUCCAUUAUGGGAAAAUGCUUAAGAAUAAAAUCUUAGUUCAGUUAUGAAAAUUGUAUGUAUGUUUGAUUUUUUUUUUGGUGUGACGUGACACGGGGGUGGGGGGUUGGGGGUAAAGAAUCUGUGACACUUUGAGGCGGGGGGGGGGGGGAGGAGAGGUCAUAAAAGGUCAAUUUGUGCGUGACGUUAUUUGCGGACAACCCCUAAGUAAAUGAGGUCGAUAGAUCUGUGUAACAGUAUGUUAGCAAAUACCAGUUAUCAUUCUUUUUAUCAUAUGAAGGCCUUGGAUAAAGACUCAAGUCAGCCGGUGUAUACUGUGUCUGCGUAACUAAAAAAUGACUAUAUUUUCAUGUCCACCUAAGCUGAUGGGUACAUCACUGAGAUUGGCAGACAGCUGGACCAGAUCGGGGCCUGUCAGGCAGCCGGCGGUGUGCCCCCCAGCUUUGAGAAGACGGAUGUGGCCAUCGGCCGGGUCAAAGGUCAAAUAGCCAAGGCCGCAGGCGAAGCAGAAGUCUUGGCCUUGCUUGAAAAUUAUCUCCUUCAGCUGAAGCUGGACCAAGAGACAUGCAUCGCAACUUUAGGUAAACACGGACUAUUGAAACACUGAUUACAAUAACUCCAGCAUUCAUUGAAACGCUGAUUGCAAUAACUCCGGCAUUCAUUGAAACACUGAUUGCAAUAACCCUGACAUUCAUUCAAACACUGAUUGCAAUAACCCUGACAUUCAUUGAAACAUUGAUUGCAAUAGCUCUGGCAUUCAUUGAAACACUGAUUGCAAUAACCCUGACAUUCAUUCAAACACUGAUUGCAAUAACCCUGACAUUCAUUGAAAAAUUGAUUGCAAUAGCUCUGGCAUUCAUUGAAACACUAAUUGCAAUAGCUCUGGCAUUCAUUGAAACACUGAUUGCAAUAACCCUGGCAUUCAUUGAAACAUUGAUUGCAAUAGCUCUGGCAUUCAUUGAAACACUGAUUGCAACAACCCUGACAUUCAUUGAAACACUGAUUGCAAUAACCCUGACAUUCAUUGAAACACUGAUUGCAAUAGCUCUGGCAUUCAUUGAGACACUGAUUGCAAUAACCCUGGCAUUCAUUGAAACACUGAUUGCAAUAACCCUGACAUUCAUUGAAACACUGAUUGCAAUAACCCUGACAUUCAUUGAAACACUGAUUGCAAUAGCUCUGGCAUUCAUUGAGACACUGAUUGCAAUAACCCUGGCAUUCAUUGAAACACUGAUUGCAAUAACCCUGGCAUUCAUUGAAACACUGAUUGCAAUAGCUCUGGCAUUCAUUGAAACACUGAUUCAAUGAAACAUUGAUUGCAAUAUCCCUGGCAUUCAACUAAACAUUGAUUGCAAUAACUCUGGCAUUCAUUGAGACACUGAUUGCAAUAACCCUGACAUUCAUUCAAACACUGAUUGCAAUAGCUCUGGCAUUCAUUGAAACACUGAUUGCAAUAACCCUGACAUUGAUUCAAACACUGAUUGCAAUAACCCUGACAUUCAUUGAAACACUGAUUGCAAUAGAUAUGGCAUUCAUUGAGACACUGAUUGCAAUAGCUCUGGCAUUCAUUGAAACACUGAUUGCAAUAACUCUGGCAUUCAUGGAAACACUGAUUGCAAUAACCCUGGCAUUCAUUGAAACACUGAUUGCAAUAACCCUGGCAUUCAUUGAAACACUCAUUGCAAUAACCCUGGCAUUCAUUGAAACACUGAUUGUAAUAGCUCUGGCAUUCAUUGAAACACUGAUUGCAAUAACCCUGGCAUUCAUUGAAACACUGAUUCAAUGAAAUAUUGAUUGCAAUAUCCCUGGCAUUCAAUUAAACAUUAAUUGCAAUAACUCUGGCAUUCAUUGAAACAUUGAUUGUAAUAUUCCCAAAAUUUAAGUAAUUACAUGUAUUCUUCAUUACAUAAAAUUGUUGGAUUGAAAAAUCUGCCAAUUGCAAUAUACUUUCAACACAUAAAAAUAAAGACAGAUUUUAAAAGAAUUUUUUUUUUUAAUAUAUCAGUAUUUUUAUAUACAGUAAAAUUAACUUGUACUAAAAAAAAAAAAAAAAAACAGGGUAUUGUUGUGUCUGAGUUACAUAUAUAUUAUAUAUUGCUCAUGGAGUGGAAAUGAUUUUGUGCCAAAGGAAUCAAAUAUGAUACAUUCAACUAAAGCCCCCUGCAUGAAACUUGACAUAACUCAAUGUGUAAAACUAAGUCAGCCUUCCAUUAUGCAGCUGAUGUGUUACUAAAUUAGCGUGGGGAGUAUUGAAAGUGGUUGCGUUAUUAAUGGCCAAUAGUAAUUGAAAACAGGAAUUAGAACAAAGGACUCUUAAUGACAAGGGGCAUAUCAGUUUGAAAAGUCUGGGAAAAUAACCCGACUGCCAGUCAUACAGAUUUCAAUUUGAGAUUUUAAUCGGAAUAUUUUUUAAUAAAUAUGUACAUAAUUAGAUAUUGCUACAUCAGUUCAAGGAGGUCUAUGACUGAGAUUUGCAUAUUCUCUGACAGAUAAGUUGACUUUUGUUAUGUAAAGUGCUAUGCAGGGUGCUUUAGUUAAAUAUAUCACAUAUACAGACAGACAAGUUAGAAAGACAGUUUUAAUUUCAACUACAACAAAAAAAACAAAACAAAAAACUAUAUAUUUUUUUUUUCAUUUUUAACUUUAGGGUUGCCUAAUCAACUAAACAGAGAACUGGACUAUCCACAGUCGCCUGCUACCAAGAAAUCUUAACCAGGUCUUGAGCUAAGUUAUUAGAAUGCAUUUGCACAAAAAUUUCUCUGUUUCUGAUAAGUAUAAUAUGUUAAUAAGUAUAAAUAUGUUAAGUUAGGAGGUAGCAGCAAACAAAACAUACAAAAAAAACUCUGUGG